AUGGAAGCAAAUGUCAAAUACAGGAAAGAUGAAGGGGAUCUUUUUGCUGAUCCAACUAUCUAUUGGCGUUUGGUAAGAAGUCUUAUCUACCUAACGACAACUCGACCUGACAUUUCAUAUGCUAUUCACCAAGUUAGCUGGUUUAUGUCUUCUUGUCGACAUCUUCAUUUUGCUGCUAUUUGUCACAUUAUCCGCUAUAUUAUAGGGUCCCCUACACGUGGGUUAUUCUUUCCUAGAGGCUCACCCUUACAACUUUUGGCAUAUAGUGAUGCUGAUUGGGCAGGGUGUCCAGAUACUCGUCAGUCUACUACAGGUUGGUGUAUGUUUCUCGACAGUGCCUUCAUUUCUUGGAAAUGUAAGAAGCAGGAUCAUUAUGUUUCUAAAUCUUCUACUGAGGCUGAAUAUCGUUCAAUGUCUUCUACUUGUUCUGAAAUUGUGUGGCUACGUAGUCUUUUAGAGGAGCUUGGAUUUCACAACCUGACUCUACCCCUCUUCAUGCUGAUAAUACAAGUGCUAUUCAAAUUGCUGCAAAUCCCGUGUUCCACCAACGUACCAAACAUAUCGAGGUUGAUUGCCACUAUAUCAGGGAAGCCUUGA